GCUGUCAUAUAUAUCUAUGGUAGCGAGCAAGUAAUCUGUGGCGGUGAAAGAAGUACAAAGAGAACAAUUUCGUUUCAUUCAUUUAUUGAUUUUGAAUACUUACCUAUCUUUUGAAUAACUCUUACCAUGAAAUUCCAAGUGGCGUAAUAAAGCUCUAAAUUCAUUUCUGUAAACUUAUUUUUGAGUCUCACAAAACAGGAAACAUAGGAAAACUAUGAAACUACUGAAAACAUUAUCUUCGACCGACGCUAAAAUUUAGGUUGGUUGCUAUUUCUUUACAAGAAUUGUGUUUUUGCAGAGAUCAAAAACAACCAAUGAUACGUGAUUUCUAUGAUAGUACUGAUGAAGAUGACAUGGAAAGUCAGUAUCAGAUUGACCCAGAGUGCUUGGUGCUGACUCCGCCAGACAAAGAUAUGCAUAACCGGUGCUGCGGGGGCAAAGCCUGGUGUAUAAAGGAUAUAUGUGGCAUAAUAUGUGCAGUGCUGACAUGGUUGUUGAUACUGUACGCGGAGUUCGUAGUGAUGAUGGUGAUGUUGCUGCCCAGUUUGUCGACGUACCCGUUCUACAGUUACGUCAACAUAUUUAUAUUCCAGAUACUGGCAUUCCUUGCGUUUGCAUCACAUUUGAGGACUAUGUUCACCGACCCUGUAAGUUUACCUUUAUAAAUAUUAUUAGCUAUUUCUAAUUUAAAAG